UUUACUGUGCGGUACCACGAUCUUUAGAGGUCGGCGAAAACGGAAGAAGGCGAGGACGGAAGAGAUCAUWCCAGAUUUUGUAAAGUGAAGCUGUGUUUGAUCGGGAUCUUGCUUGCUUAGAUUUUUUUCAGACGACAGGGAUUGAACAGAAAGAUCUUUGACCACAGAAAAAUGCUAAGUUCGCAACUUUUUUCGUCCAUCCUUUGCAUAGGAUGUUUGGUGUAUAUUGUCAAUGGUUUCACUACAAUAUGUACACCAAUGUCACGAAUGGCAUCGUGCAAUCCAAGCCAUAGUGAUGUGCCAUCCCAGUCAACUCAAAUCCGUAAGCCACGAUCGGAUAGACGACAAAUGAACCUUCAUGCAAAAAGAACAUCCGAGUCUUCCGCCAUUAGCAGUGGCGACAAGGUCAAAGAAAUGGCUGCAUUCUUGUCCGUACAACUGUUGGAAAAAGUAAUGGCAGAAGCAAUGAAGCCAGAAGGAGAAAGCAAGAUGGAUUUAGAAGUUGUGGAGCGAAUCACAAAAGCUCUCCAGAUGAGUAGCCAACCGUCAUCGGAUGCAUCCGCAACUCUUCCGGAGGAAACAGCAAUGAAAGAUAAAGAAACAACGGCCACACCAGAAACUUCUGCGUCUACACCGACGGACGACAAAGAGAACGAAACUGAUGACGCUCGUGAUCUUAUUAUUGAAGAUGAUGACAGCAGUAGCGCGACCGAGACGGAUAUGCCAGAAGAACCAACAAUGGAAUCCGAAGAAGAGAUCCCUGUUGCAAAGAAGGAAGAAACCGUUGCCCAAGUUGCCGAAAGUCUUCAGCCAUCUCCAUCAAUACCGGAAAUCAAAGUAAAACCUCUCGAAGUGAUUCAAUCCGGCAUACCGGCCCUUCGACCCGAAUCGAUUCCUCAGCGACAAAAGAAUACCGAAGAGGUCACGGUCGUAACCCAAUCAAACGAUGGCAGCGUAGUCGACGAAUCGUCAUCUGAAGAAUCCGAGAAAGAUGAAGAGGAAUGCAAGACACCGGAAGAAGUCGCUGAGGUACAAGAAGCUUCAWGUUCGGAAGAAAUCGACUCUGUUGCGGCUAUCGCAGAGAGAUCAGAGGCCACUGAAUUGUUUCAGAGAAGAUUGCUCCAGCAGAAACUGGAGUAUGACAGCGCCCGYGCAGUCCGAAUAGAGAACGAAAAGGACACCGGAAGCAAAGUUGGAACAGAAGUCGAUGAAAAGCCCUCAUCUGAUCUAGAGGGKGCUUGCGAUGAAGAGACCGAAGAGAAAAGUAAGGAAGCACUGAUCGAACCUGAAACUACGAAUGUUUCCAGUGCAAUCGAAUCAAAAGAAGAYACCCAGGAUACAGACGAAGAACCMACCAAAGGCGAGUCUAAUGAUGUAAAUACUGAUAUUUCUUCCGAACUGAUUGAAGGCAAAGGUGAAGAUGUCUCACCAGUCACGUCUGUGACAACACCACCGCCGCCUACAAUUUCUGAUCGUAGGGUAGAGACCAUAGUAGCUCUGCGACAACCGAAAUCUUCCGACGAAGAGUCCAAGCUUGCGGAGAAAUACGCACAAAUGGAGAGUCUUGAGGAUCGWGCAUACGCAGUAUUGUGCGAUCUAGGAAUGAUCGAAGAGCACCAGAAUCCAAACAAUCCAUCCUACGAUCAUUCAAGGGACCAAGAGUACUGCGAACAAAGAUUUCUCCCCCGUUUGUGAUCGGGGAGAAAUGGAUAUACGCUACAUAAUUACGCCCAAAACAAUAACAACAUGAUUUUUUUGGCAGAGAUUCACCAAGAGCUAUACUUCUCAUUGCCUUAUUUCUCGUCAGCUUGUCUUUUUCGUCUCAUUGGUAAGACCGGCGUUUUGGGAAGAACCAGUCCAUCUUGCGCUCUGAGCCUCUCGACUUCUUUCUGAACGAAUUCUACAACCAGAUUUGGCGUCCAUGAUUCAUCCCUUUUUGAUACGACUUUAUGUAUUUUUUCAGUCGCGGAGUCGUCCCAUCCGCUUACCCCUAUAACCUGUUCCACCUUCACCCACUGGUCGUACAGUCGCAUGACAAUCACAAUGCCUUCGUUCAGACUGCAGACCACUUGGUCGUUCCCCACCACCUUGGUCAGAACACGUCUCCGCAAUAUCGCAAGAUCAUUCACUCGGCUCUGCACGAUUCGAAUUCUAGCACAUGUCUCUCGGACGACAAAUCGCAAGUCAUGAGGGGGUCCCAUGGAUGUUUUCGCGGUUUGGACAAGGUCGUCGAACGGRUCGAGUGGCAGCGAAAAUUGUUCGUGAUGGAUGUCGUCUAAGGAGAUGCUGGUUACUAUGGGCUUGGAUACCCACCUUGCGUUGACCAGUUUUAGCAACGUCUUGCGAUAAACUUCCAAUUCGAAUUCCACUCGAUGCUUUUCAUAAACGGACACAGUUAGGAACAAAUGGCAACUUUUACUGUCCUCUCUUGCAUCCAAAAUCUUAACACUGCCUAGUUCUUCCAUGACGUCUCUAAGACUAUCGUAAAAUUCUUUCAUUUCUUUGAGUUCCUUGAUCUUUUGUUUAAAUUCUGUUGGAUCUUGGCCCGAUUGGAGUAUCCUGGACUCUUCUGCCUUGAGCGUGGCGAGCUCCUCGCGACUGUGGGAAAUAGUUUUCAUUCGCUCCUCCUUUUCUUUCAAAAGCAUGGCAUACUCUUCUUGCAGUUUUCGCUUGCGUUGCUGCAGUAGUUCGGUCUUUUCCCGCUCUGCAUCUGUGUCUUCGAUGUCCAUCAUUGUCUCAUCAUCCUCAUCGAUAUCCGUUUCUUCAUCGUUAUCGUCGUCUUGUUCCAGGUCUUGGACCAUUUGUUCCAACUCCUUUCUGCGACUAAUAACCGUCUGGUAGGAGU